CGUGUGUCACAGAUCUGCCUUGAAUCGUCUUGAGAAUCGGUUACCAACACUUGCUCUAGAUUGAGAAACUGAGAAUGAGACUUUGGGUCUUGGUAAUUCCAGCAAUUCUCAUACCUUCCACAUCAGCUACAUUUAGCAAAUCAUCUUGGGGCCUGGAAAAUGAGGCUUUAAUUGUGAGAUGUCCCAGACAAGAAAAAUCUCGGUACCCUGUGGUCUGGUAUUACUCAAAAACCAACAAACAUAUUACCACCCAGAGAAGAAGUCGUGUAGUUGCCUCAGGGGAACGUCUUAAGUUUCUCCCAGCCAAAGUCAAUGAUUCCGGAUUUUAUACUUGCAUUAUCAGAAGUCCUACCUCCAAUAAGACUGGAUAUGUGAAUGUCACCAUUUAUAAAAAACAACCAGGUUGUGAUAUUCCAGACUUUCUGAUAUAUUCAACAACAUCUGGAUCAGAAAGAAAUUCCAAAAUAUAUUGUCCUACAAUUGACCUCUACAAUUGGACAGCGCCUGUGGAGUGGUUUAAGAAUUGUGAAGUUCUUCAAGGACCCAGGUACCGAGCACACAAGUCAUUUUUGCUGAUUGACCGUGCAAACAGCAAGGACACUGGUGAUUAUACAUGUAAAUUUAUGCACAAUGAAAAUGGAGUCAAUUAUACUGUGACUGCAACCAGGUCAUUCACAGUUAUUGAUAAGCAAAGCUUUUCUUUGCUUCCAGUAAUUAUAGCCCCUCCACAGAAUGAAACAAAGGAAGUGGAAAUUGGAAAACCAGCAAACCUAAGGUGCUCUGCUUGCUUUGGGAAAGGCUCUCAGACCAUGGCUGACAUCCUGUGGCAGGUUAACGGAAGCAACGUUGAGAACUUCGGUGAAGCAAGAAUGCAAGUGUUGCAAGAGCAAACUCAAAGUUCUCGCAGCGAGCUGACUUGCCUAAACGCCGUGUUAAGAAUAGCGGAUGUAAAGGAAGAGGAUUUCUCACUGAAGUACGACUGUCUGGCCAUGAAUUUCCGUGGCCUGAUCACGCACACCGUAAGACUAAGGAGGAAAAAUCCAAUGGAUCAACAAAGCACCUACUAUGUGCUUGCAGGAUUUAGCAUAUUAUUCUUGCUAAUCAAUGUCUCGGUGGUAAUUCUAAAAGCAUUCUGGAUUGAGAUUAUUCUGCUCUGGAGAGACAUAGCUAGACCUCACAAAACUAGGAACGAUGGGAAGAUCUAUGAUGCUUACGUGAUCUAUCCACGGAACUGUAAAAACAGUCCAGAGGGGGCCAGCUCUGUGGAGUACUUUGUUCACCAGAUUCUGCCUGACGUUCUUGAAAAUAAAUGUGGCUACGACUUGUACAUUUAUGGGAGAGAUCUGCUCCCUGGAGAAGAUGUAGCUACCACAGUGGAAACCAGCAUUCAGAAGAGCAGGCGGCACAUCUUCAUCCUGACCCCUGAGGUCACGCACAGCAAGGAGUGUGCCUACGAGUGGGAGAUCGCCUUGCACAACAUCCUCAUCCGGAACGACUCCAAGGCCAUCCUGAUUGAAAUGGAGGCUCUGUGCCCGCCCAGCGGACUGCAGUUUGGGGAGCUUCAGGACUCCCUCAAGCAUCUCGUCAAAGUGCAGGGGACCAUCAAGUGGAGGGAGGACCUCGUGGCCAACAAACAGUCUCUGAAUUCCAAGUUCUGGAAGCACAUAAGGUACCACAUGCCGGUGCCAAGCCAACUUCCAAGAAAGACUCCCCGCUCGGCAUCCUCGAGCGCCCGGGGGGCAGCAGUGCUUGCUUUGACGGCUAAUGCACUGCGUUUGGGGGAUCCAAAUCGCUCCCAGCUGGGUCACGCCUCUGUACCAGACACUGGGGGAGGAGGCUCCAGAAAUGGGAGUAUCGAGGGUAUUCAGACUUCAGGUUUCAUGCACUGA